CUCGCAAGUCCCGCGGGCGCCCCGGCCCACCCCUCUGUCCCUCUGGUGCGCCAGGCUGAGACGCCGCAGAGGAGCGCGGAACUGAGACGUGGUUCCCGGGCUGAGGCACCAUGUUGGACUUCGCGAUCUUCGCUGUUACCUUCCUGCUGGCGUUGGUGGGAGCGGUGCUCUACCUCUACCCGGCUUCCAGACAAGCUGCAGGAAUUCCAGGCAUUACUCCAACAGAGGAAAAAGAUGGUAAUCUUCCAGAUAUUGUGAACAGUGGAAGUCUGCACGAGUUCCUGGUUAAUCUGCAUGAGAGAUACGGGCCUGUGGUCUCUUUCUGGUUUGGCAGGCGUCUUGUGGUUAGUUUGGGCACUGUUGAUGUACUAAAGCAGCAUAUCAACCCUAAUAAGACACUGGACCCUUUUGAAACCAUGCUGAAGUCAUUAUUAAGGUAUCAGUCUGAUAGUGGGAACGUGAGUGAAAAUCACAUGAGGAAAAAAUUGUAUGAAAAUGGUGUGACUAAUUGUCUGCGGAGUAAUUUUGCUCUCCUGCUCAAGCUUUCGGAAGAAUUAUUGGAUAAAUGGCUAUCGUACCCAGAGUCCCAGCAUGUCCCCCUCUGCCAGCAUAUGCUUGGCUUUGCUAUGAAGUCUGUUACACAGAUGGUAAUGGGCAGUACAUUUGAAGAUGAACAGGAAGUCAUUCGCUUCCAGAAGAAUCAUGGCACAGUUUGGUCUGAGAUUGGAAAAGGCUUUCUGGAUGGAUCACUUGAUAAAAGUACAACUCGGAAAAAACAAUAUGAAGAUGCCCUUAUGCAACUGGAAUCUAUUUUAAAGAAAAUCAUUAAAGAACGAAAAGGAAGGAACUUCAGUCAGCAUAUUUUCAUUGACUCCUUAGUACAGGGAAGCCUUAAUGACCAACAGAUCCUAGAAGACACUAUGAUAUUUUCUCUGGCCAGUUGCGUAAUAACUGCAAAAUUGUGCACCUGGGCAAUCUGUUUUUUAACCACCUAUGAGGAAAUUCAGAAAAAACUAUAUGAAGAGAUUGACCAAGUUUUGGGGAAGGGACCUAUCACUUCAGAGAAAAUUGAGAAGCUCAGGUAUUGUCGGCAAGUGCUUUGUGAAACUGUUCGGACUGCCAAACUGACCCCAGUUUCUGCCCGGCUUCAAGAUAUUGAAGGAAAGAUUGACAAAUUUAUUAUUCCUAAGGAGACCCUUGUCUUGUAUGCUCUUGGAGUCGUGCUUCAGGAUCCCAGUACUUGGUCAUCUCCGUACAAGUUUGAUCCAGAGCGUUUUGAUGAUGAAUCUGUAAUGAAAACUUUCUCCUUGCUUGGAUUUUCAGGCACACGGGAAUGCCCAGAGUUGAGGUUUGCCUAUAUGGUGGCCGCAGUGCUUUUGAGUGUUCUGCUGAGGAGACUGCACCUCCUUUCUGUGGAGGGACAAGUUAUUGAAACUAAGUAUGAACUGGUGACAUCAUCCAAAGAGGAAGCUUGGAUCACUGUCUCAAAGAGAUAUUAAAGUUGUAUGCAUUUAACUUUGUUGAAGAAAAUGAUCAUUUAGAAAAUCUGUAUUGAAUCCUUUUAGAAACCAAGCAUCAUUGUAUAAAA